AAUCUCUCCAUCAAAGAAUGUAAUUAAGACUGACCAUAACCAAUGAAGAAUGGUAGGAAUUGAAUUAAUCAAUAUGGUGCAUUUUCCACUUUGAGAUCGAUGAUCUUCAUGCCUUCCCAUAGCACGCCACAUAGAGAGAGAGAGAGAGAGAGAGAGAGAGAGAGAGAGAGAGAGAGAGAGAGAGAGAGAGAGAGAGUAAUUUGACUAAACAUCAAAACCUUGAAUUAGAAAUACAGAGAGAGAGAGAGAGAGAGAGAGAGAGAGAGAGAGAGUAAUUUGACUAAACAUCAAAACCUUGAAUUAGAAACUAGUUAAUGACUCGAGGAGUAAAGGUUAAUGAACCCACAAAAGAUUUCACCCACAUAUCGGAAAAGACACACACAUGUUAUCAAAGAAAUUAUUUGAUCCAUCUUCUGAUUUUAAUUCUGAAGCCCAAAUGGCAGGAAGCAGCAACGAAUCAUCAUCUUCCACCUCCCAGAAGAAAUCAUACUCUGACAUGACAUUUUCCGGCAUCGGAAACCUCAUCAAGCUCCUUCCCACCGGCACCGUCUUCGCCUUCCAGUUCCUUAACCCCGUCCUCUCCAACAACGGCCAGUGCCACCCUGUCAACAAGGUCCUCACCAGCGUCCUCAUCGGCCUGUGCGGCCUCUCCUGCUUCUUCUCCUCCUUCACUGACAGCUACACCGGCAGUGACGGUGCCACCCACUACGGCAUCGUCACCACGAAGGGUCUCUGGCCGUCGCCCGACUCCAGCGAGUCCGUGGACGUGUCCCAGUACAAGCUCCAGGUGGGGGACUUCGUGCACGCCUUGUUCUCGGUGGUGGUGUUCGCGGCGGUAUCUCUUCUGGACUCCAACACGGUCGAUUGCUUCUACCCUUCCUUUGAGUCGACUCAGAAGGCUCUCAUGAUGUCCCUGCCUCCGGUGAUCGGCGUAGUUGCCAGCGCCGUGUUUGCCGUUUUCCCCUGCAGGCGCCAUGGGAUAGGGUACCCUUCAAGUUCAAACAAGUCCGCAUCCAAGAAGUAAGGAAGAGAGUAACAUGACAUGGGUCCCUAAUAUUACCCUCCUACGUGCAAAAUAGUGUGGAUCCCAUGUAAUUUUGUGUAGUCAAUUUAGGUCAUAAUAAUACAAACCCGUGACAUCCAGGUAAAGUUGUUUGAUGAUAUUAUAGAGAAUGUGAUAGUUGUCUUCUUCUAUUAUGUGAGUUUGAAAUUCAUUCAUUCCCCAUGCAUGUAGUAUCUGCCCAUCUAUCAAAUACAUACAAAUUAAGCCACU